AUGGCGGCGGCGGCGGCGGCGGCGGCGGCGGCUCCGGGCCCGCCCGAGGCUCCCGCGCCCGCCCCCGCCGGGCCCGCCCCGCCGGGCCCCGGGGCGCUGCCGCCGGUUCGGCUGUCGGUGGUGAGGCUGGCGAGGAACCGGAGCCCGCCCGGAGGAGCCGCCGAGAGAAGCCGGGUGUGCUGUAACCUCGGCAGGGAAUUGCAUUUCUAUGGAGGGGCCGGAGCCGGGGGACGCGGCAGCCGGAGGUCCCUGGACCUGCACCGGCCCAUCGACAAGCGCGUCUACAAGGGCACUCAGCCCACCUGCCACGACUUCAACCAGUUCACGGCGGGCGCCGAGACCCUGGCGCUGCUGGUCGGCUUCUCGGCCGGGCAGGUGCAGUACCUGGACCUGGCCAAGAAGGACAGCGCCGGGCGGCUCUUCAACGAGGAGCGCCUCAUCGACAAAUCCAAGGUCACCUUGGUCAGGUGGCUGCCGGACACCGAGCGCCUGUUCCUGGCCUCCCACGCCAGCGGCCACCUGUACCUGUACGACUCAGAACAACCCUGCUCCCCCACCACCCCGCAGUACACCCUCCUGACGCAAGGAGAAGGCUUCAGGGUCUUCUCCAGCAAGAGCAAGACCCCCAGGAACCCCCUGCUGAAGUGGGCGGUGGGCUCGGGGCCGCUGAACGAGUUCGCCUUCUCCCCGGACGGGCGCUGGCUGGCGUGCGUCAGCCAGGACGGCGUCCUCAGGGUGUUCCACUUCUCCUCCAUGCUGCUCCAGGGCAUGAUGAGGAGUUAUUUCGGGGGUCUCCUCUGCGUCUGUUGGAGCCCCGACGGCCGCUACGUCGUCACCGGCGGCGAGGACGACCUGGUGACGGUGUGGUCGCUGGCCGAGGGUCGCGUGGUGGCCCGAGGACACGGCCACAAGUCGUGGGUGAACGCGGUGGCCUUCGAUCCGUUCACGGGUGGGCGCGGGGAGACCCCCGAGACGCGGCAGGACCCCCCGGGCGUGGCGUACCGCUUCGGCUCGGCCGGCCAGGACACCCAGUUUUGUCUGUGGGAUCUCACCGAGGACGUUCUGGAAUCUCGGGGUUCCCUCCCCCGGCCGCGCCCGGCGCCGGGAGACCCCCAGAUCAACCCGUCGGGUUUGCCUCGUUCUUUAUCCCGCUCCAACAGCCUCCCCCAAACCGGGGGGGGUCCCCAGAUUUCACCCCGAGCCCCCCCGGCGUUGAGCGCGGGGCGUUUCGCCACGCUGACGCCGCGGGACCCCCGAGGAGGAGCCCCCGAGAAGGAGCAGCACAAACGUUACCACAGCUUGGGCAACAUCAGCAGGGGAGGGGGAAACGCCGAGAAAACCCCCCCGGGGGGUGGUCCCGGGGGGUCUCGGGGGUCUCUGGACAUGGCCAAGGUGCUGGGGACGGCGCUGUGCCCGCGGCUGAACGAGGUGCCGCUGCUGGAGCCGCUGGUGUGCAAGAAAAUCGCUCAGGAGAGGCUGACGGUGCUGCUGUUCCUGGAGGAUUGUAUCGUGACAGCGUGCCAGGAGGGGCUGAUCUGCACCUGGGCACGGCCUGGGGUCUCUGGCCUGGCCUCGCAGAACGGCGGCUCCCCGAGCGGCACCGUGGUGUGACACACCUGGGGACACACCUGGAUACACCUGGGGACACCUGGAUAC